GCUGCACACGCAACGCAGUACCGUUACCUCGAUCACCCGCACAAACUUCUUGCACGUGUCUUUUGCCCAAUACAUCAACAUCAACAGUUUGUUUAUUAUCAGUCUGCUUACGCUCUCUCCUAAGAUACAAACUAACACAGUUCCUCGAGGUAUUUAAUUAAGCAACACCUGUCUGUGGAAACGCCAGUGCAAGGCAGCUUCACACACACACACACACACAUCUGCGGUCCGCUCAUAGCUACUGCAGCACUCACUCACACCACGAAACGGAUAUCACCACUGCCACCUGCUACCAUCAAUAAGAUCUGCACCAGCAGUAGCCCCUGACUGGCUCACAAUGGGACCCUCCAGCAUUCAUCCCUGCAACCUGCUCACUCAUCACAGCAUACAGACAUGGGACCACCCAUCAAAUAGAGGAAACUUGGUCUUCACCAGUAGCUGAGUAUCAGAAAAAUUUCAUCUAUGUGCUCCUCUACUGGGCAAUCACUACAGAUGUUCUGGUGUUUUCUUAAGACAUGAAUGGUUUUGCAGCCUGUUGGCAGGAUGGUAUUGGUUCCCCACUAUGCUUGCAUUAUGCGCACCUUCAGGAGGAUGUUUCCAUUUAUCUGCUGCUUUAUAUUCCUGAAUCUCCUCUUGCAGAAGAUGAUACAGGAAGAGGUUAUGCUAAAAGAUGGCAGAGGAAGAUCAUGGGUUGCAAAGAGGCAAGAAGCAGGUGAAAAGACUAACUCUCAGCAUUUUUAUCGAGAUCGGCUUAAGGGGAAAGAUACAGAAACUUCGUCAUCAGAAUUCUCCCAUCCCAUCUCUAUGUUGCCUAAGAGUACCUUUUCCUCACAAGUUACUGGAUCUAAAAACAUGACAGUUUUUGGUAAUCACUUAUAUAAUGCCCAGGAAGUUUUUUCACUUUGGAUGCACAUCACAGAUGAUCUCUAUAUUUAUAGUGCCUUUUGGGAUGCUCGGCAGAACCUACCCAUGGGUCCCAUGGUGAGAAUUUUGGGCAUCCUUCGAUAUCAGAAAGAGCUGCUGCUUGAUAUUGCUAAGUAUAAGUGGUCUGGUGAAAUAAAGCCUGAUGCACUGAAUUACUCUUGCUUCCUGUGGUAUGCAGGACAAGACACUGAAAAAGGUCAAUUGAAUGCCUUCAUUUAUGAAGAGGGACUGAAAGUAUUUGUUGGAACAUACUUUUUUUGUUCACCACCAAGGUUAUCAAGUAACUCCUCCAGACUUGGUGAAAACAGAGUGCCUUAUGCUGUAUCACUGGUACGACAUGGAGCCAGCAAUGCAUCACAUAAAUUGAUUUACUUGACCCCAAAUAGAAAAACAGAACAGGAUGGCUUGAACCACACUGCGGUGUGUGUGCGCCCUCUGUUUGGUCCUUACACUGACCUAGCUGCUAUUACUAUAUUCAUAAGCUACUACAGUACUGUCCUCAACAUUUCUCAUUUCUAUUUCUAUGAAUAUGCAAUCAGUGAAAAGGUAAAAGAAUUUUUAAUGAUUCUGAUGGGAGAUGGGGAGGUCAACAUCUACUUGUUGCCUUGGAACAUUCCUUUCAAUGAGUGGGAGACACUGUGGGACCUUGGAUCUCUAACCUCCAUCAAUGAUUGUGUUUAUAGGACUUCAUACCAACAUAAUUAUGUUGCUAUUGUGGACCUUGACGAAUUUAUUGUGCCCCGGGCCCCUAUCAGCAAUUUAGGGCAGUUAUACACAAGUGUCAUCAAACACAAACAUGGAAAAGAGGGAGAUUCUGUCUUAAUACUUAAUGCAUUUUUUUGCUCAGAGUUUCAGACCAAAAAUCAGACAAAUGAAAAUAAUGAUUUCAAGGUAUUCACAGACAUCUUUCGAGAAACAAGGCUGUGGCCUCCAAAAAGUCGUUCCAAGGUAAUAGUGGUGCCUGAGGCUGUGGUUGCAGUGGGUCACCACAUGGUGCACCACUUCCUGAAGCCUACUUCCAAGAAUCAGGCAUCUCCCAAGUUGUUUGCAGUGUUGCACCACUACAGAAACUGUGAUGGUUUGAGGAUGGGCAUACAUGCCACAGGAUCAAAAGUGCUAAAUCAAAAACCUAUACGAGACAGUGCCAUUCUAAAAUACAAAAAUCAUGUAUUUGCUUCAAGGACAAUGAGACAUUAUCAUCUCUUCAUAAAGAACACAAAUGAAGAAAAUGAAGUCUUGUUACAAAAAUAACUUUCUUUCUCUAGAAGUAUUUUCAUCUCUCUGAUAACUGCUGAUGCUAUUGAGUCCAGCAAUUGCACCUGAGGGCCUUUCACUUGAUAAAUGACUGUGCUGCAUAAUACACCACAGUACUCUCUGGUGACAAUAAUACAGUUACAUUCCAUCAUCUUUAAGAGAGUGAUAUAUUUUUAGUAUGCUCAAAUACUUACUGAAUAAUAGAUAGAAUAAUUAGCUCCCUGAAUAUUUCACAAUACUGUAUGUAUUAGAUAGAAGAUAGCAAGAGAUGAAACAUUGUGACUGUGAGAAAUAAUGGUGGCCCCAGGAAAUUUUCACUUAGGGGUCUAAGGUGGGGCUUUGAUAAAAUGUGGAGGGGCUUCACAAAGUGUCAUUGAAGUGAAGUGCUGAUUGUAAAUUGAUAUGUAUAAAUACUAAGGUGCAUCUCAGACAUCUGUAUUACUUGAAAAUGAAGUGUUAAUGUA